AUGUCUUCUCACAAACGACCCUAUCCACCUUGUGCUGCACAUUGCAAUUACAGAGGUUACAAGAGGGAAUGGCCGGAACUAGUGGGCCAACCAGCCCAAAAAUGCAAGGCCCAAAUAGAGAAAGAGAAUCCGUUUGUUAACGUGGUGCCGAUUUAUCGGGACGACCCGUUUACGGAUCCAUAUGGGCCGUUAUUUUGCUGCAAUAGGGUUUAUCUCUUUCUGGAGAAAACCGGCAUUUGUUACUUUAUCCCAACCGUAGGGUCUCGACAUGAGGAUAUAGGCAUGGCAGAGCUUUAUCUGGUAUUUAUGGUGAAGGAGAUGGGGGUGGCGUUGCCGCUGGAUGACGAGGACGACAGGUUCGUUGCGACGGCGGAGCAGGAGAAUUGGGUCAUGGAGUUGAUGGACUCGGAGGCAAACCCUUCUUCGUUUCUGCUUCUCAUGAAGGAUGUUUAG